AUGCUUCCUCACAUUGUGCCUGUCAGCACGCGAAGCGGAGACAGGGACUUUAUUUCCAGAAUCAUCACCGACCCUACUCAGGCCGAGCGAGCCAAGCUCUUAAAUCAGCCUGGCGAUUAUGUCUUUGACUCCAAAGCUGGCACCGGAGCCGGAGAGGCCCAUGGCAAAGGAGGCAGGUCUGUGUCAGCUACUGCUCUGACCAUGCCUGCUCUUAUCGGCAAUGGAGCGUCCAUGACAGUCGCCUUCCUCGGACCCUGUGGAAUGAACACAGCACAUGUUCACAACCGAGCAACGGAGCUUAACAUUGUCGUCAAAGGCCGCCUUGUUACAAGCUUCGUUGUCGAGAAUGGUGCCAAGCCUAUUGCCAACACCACGGACGCAUUCCAGAUGACUGUGUUUCCCCAGGGUGCUAUCCAUAAAGAGUUCAACCCUGAUUGCAAAGAUGCCGUGUUUAUUGCUGCAUUUGACAAUGCUGAUCCUGGUGUGAACCGGAUCGCUCAGAGCUUCUUCGCUCUAAAUGGCGAUGUGGUUCAAGCUACCCUGGGCGGUGUGCAGACUAUUGAAGGAGAGGAUAUUGAGUCCUUCCGCAGUCAUAUUCCUGCGAAUAUUGCCCUCGGUAUUGAUGCUUGGUUGAACAAGUGCGGCAUCAAGAGAAACGCCAAGAGAGACAUUAGCGAUCUCUUGAAUUAA